AUGGCAAUAAUCAGUAAUAACAACAAUAAUACAUCAACCACUGAUACUACUAGUAGCAGUAAUGAUACGUCAUCUAUCAUAGUUGGUCAAGAGGUAUCACCUGAACAACAAUCGGAUCAUAAUAAUAAUAAUAAUAAUUGUCAACUACCAGAUGCUUCCACUAAAUGGACUAUUCUUCCAACAUCUAAUAGUCCAACACCUAGAUUUGACAACUCAUUAACACAUUAUGAAGGAUAUUUAUAUAUGUUUGGUGGUAAUAAUGAAGAUGUUAAUACCAAUUUAACACAAUUCCUAAGAUUGGAUCUAUCAACCAACUCUUGGCAUGCAUUACAAUGCAACAUGAAAAGAAGAAUACUUCAUACUGCCGUCAUACACAAUCGUUCAAUGUAUGUCUAUGGUGGAGGUGUUUACGAAGAUGAAAGAACUUCGUUCUUUGGUCCAUCUAGUAAAGUAUUUAAAACAAUCAAUGAAUUACUUUGUUAUGAAUUUGAAACACAAAAUUGGAAUAGAAUUGAAACAAAUGAAGGUCCAACAGUUGAUGGUCAUUGUGCUGUUGUAAUUGGAGAUAAUAUUCGAAAUGAUAAAGACUAUAUUUACGUAUUUGGAGGAUACGAUUCACACACUCCAAACAAUGAUCUAUGGCAGUACGAUGUACAAUUGGGUACUUGGAAAGUAGUGUCUUCAACACUAUCAACUGCACCACCACGUUAUGCACACUCUGCCAAUCUAUUUGAAGAUAAAAUGUACGUCUAUGGAGGGUACUCUAAGAAAGGGUAUUUACGUGACCUUCACACAUACGAUUUUACAAAGGAAGAGUGGAAGUUGAUACCAACAGGUGACACCCCACCAAAACGUAGAAGACAUCAGUCGGUGGUAGUAGAUACCGAUGGAAGACCACGUAUACUCUUGUAUGGAGGAUCAUACAUCUCAUGUCUCUACAAUGAUCUUUGGGAGUACGUGUUCCCCUCCAAAGUACACAUCCCAUGUGAUCAAUUAGUUCCCGAUUUCCUCACACUAUUUAAUAAUGCCGAAGAAUAUUUCAGCGAUAUUGCAUUUGUCGUCGAAGGCAAGCGUAUCCCAGCCCACAGAAACAUUCUAUCAGUUCGUUCAAAUUAUUUUAAAUCAUUAUUUACAAAUGGUUUAAAAGAAAGUUUUGAAAAAGAUAUUAUAAUUAAAGAUGAAAAAUAUGAUGAUUUCAUAGCAUUGAUUAGAUUUAUUUAUACCGGUGAUGAAGGAUAUGUAAAUUUAGAGAAUUGUAUGGGAUUGUUACAUUUAUCAGAUUGUUAUUUAAUCUCUCGACUAAAGAUUGUUUGUGAAGCCAAGGCUACCGAGGGCAUUGCCAUUGACACUGUAGUCACUCUGUUUAAACAAGCAGAUUUCUACAAACUCACCAAACUACGUCAAAUCUGUAUUGCAUUUAUUGCAAAGAAUCACAAGGAAUGUUUGGCAACUGGUAUGCUUACUACUUUAGAAUCAUCUGUAUUAUUAGAAAUUAUGUAUUUAGCAUUGGAUCAACAUGGACUAGCGAAUCAAGAUAGAGAAUUUCCUCAAGAACGGUUGAAUGUACAUUUGAUAAUGCAUAGUCAUGAUGAUGCUGGUUGGUUAAAGACAUUUGAAGAAUAUUAUCAAGACCAAGUAAAGAGUAUACUAUCAAGUAUUGUUAAAGCACUAUCAAUAGAUCCUAAAAGAAGAUUUAAUUGGUCUGAAAUAAUAUUUUUAGAAAGAUGGUGGAGAGAACAAGGAGAUGAUAUGAAACAAACAUUUAAACAUUUGGUACAAACAAAACAAAUUGCAUUUACAAAUGGAGGUUGGGUACAAUAUGAUGAAGCGUGUACAACCACUGAAUCAGUGAUUGAACAUUUUACAGAGGGUCAUCGAUUCAUUGUCGAGAACUUUGGAGCUGAAUACCUUCCAAAGUCGGGCUGGCAGAUAGAUCCAUUUGGACAUGCUACCAAGACUGCUGCUGUCAUGUCGGCUAUGGGGUAUGAAAACAUUGUAUUGGAUCGUGUCAGUACAACCAUCAAAGAUCAAAUGAAUAGAGACAAAUCGACAGAGUUUGUAUGGCGUGGUAGUAGAUCUCGUGGCAAGAAUAGUGAUAUGUUUGCACAUGUAUUGGAUACAUUUUAUACAUCACCUGCUGGUAUAGGGACAGGUGAAUACCCAACCUUGAUCAACCAUCUUCCUCAAGAUUGGGCUAACUCUAUUUUUGAAACUGCAGUCUAUCGUUCCAGUCAUUAUCUCACUCCACACCUAUUAAUGACUAUUGGUGGUGAUUUUGCAUUCAACAAUUCAGUAGAAUUCUUUCAAGUUUUUGAUCAAACUCUUGCAAUGUUAAAUUCUAAAACUCUUAUAGUUGCAUUCAAGUAUAGUACUGUGGAUGAUUACUUUGCAGCUGCCAAGAAUUGGUUAGCUAGAAAUAAAACUCCAUUGCUCAUCAGAUACAAUGAAGAUUUCUUUCCACUACUCGAACAAAAUGAUGCAUGGACAGGCUACUAUACAACCAAACCUGCCUUGAAAAGAAAGAGUAGACUUGUAGAUGGAAACAAAAGAAUGGCAGACACUUUGGAUAUUUUAAAUUUUAACCCAAUUAAUUAUAAUUCAAAAUUAAGAGAUGCUCAAAGAAAUUGUUCAAUUUUAUUACAUCAUGAUGCAAUUACAGGUACAAGUAGAGUAAAAGUAAUUGAAGAUUAUUCAAUUAGAUUGGAUAAUGCAAAUACAAUUAUUGAACAGGUAUCGGUAGAUUCAAUUAAAAAGUAUUAUCAUUUAGAUGAUCAAAUGAAACUUGUAAAUGGUGAUUCUCCAUUUAUAUCAGAUUUUAGGGAUUCAAAAACCCUUUUAUUCUUUAAUCCAUUGGGAUGGGAUCGAGUGGAACCAGUAACCAUUCAAUUAAAUUACAUUGCAUAUACUUCUCAACCUGGAAUGUGUGCCUAUUCAAUGCAAUGUUGGGAUUACAAGAGCAAUUCAUUCCUUUCAACUCCAGUUGAUUGCACAUUGCGAGCCAAUGUAGACACGAAUGUUCAGUACCUACAAUUUGACUUUUUAAUUUCAAUUCCAGCAUUAUCAUUUAACCAUUGUAUUCUUUCAAAAGAUUCUAAACAAUCCUCUAAAACUUUAAUUCAACAAAAUAUUAAUAAUGGUUAUAUAGUUGAUAAUAAUAAAUUAUCAAUUACAAUAUCAAAUAUUUCAAAUCUAAUGGAAUCUAUUUAUGAUAAGAGUUUAAAUACACAAUUUAGUCUAAGACAUACAAUGGUUAGUUAUAAUAGUGGAUUUGGAGGUUCGUAUGUUUUAAAACUUCGAGGAAUCAAGGAAUAUCAACUUUAUCAACCAUCUGGUUUUUGGAGUGGUGAGGUUAUGAAGGAAUUUAAAUCAACUGAUAGAGCCAACCUGCAAGAGGUAUCUUUAAAGAUUUAUCAAACCAAUAAUAAUGACAAUGGUAGAUUGGAAAGGUUCUUUGAUUUUAUUUACAAUAUUCAAGGUAUCGAUAAAUAUGAAAUAUUUUCACAAUUUGAAACAUACCUAUUGUCAACAAACAUUGUAUCCGAUAGUGGAUAUGAAUUUCAAUUUAGACGACCAUGUUUAAAUCGUACUUUGGAAUCUUGUUUCUAUCCUUCAGUUCAUGCAUCUUAUAUUGUUGAUAGUAAAACUGGUAUUUCAUUUGUUUGUUUAAAUGAUAGAUCAAGAGGUGUGGCAAGUCCAUCAAGUGGAACUGUAUUACAUCAUUUACAUAGAAGUAUGGUGUACGAUGAUAAUAAGGGAUUGGGACAACCAGGAAAAGACAAUUCAAGAGUGACGAUUAAAAACAGAUGCUUUGUUGACAAUAUUGCAAAUAUGCAAAAUUACAUUUGGAAGGAAUCAAUCAUGUUUAAGCAUUCCAUUCAAAUAUUUGAAUUACAACAACAAACUGCAUCAACUUCAAAUUUCGAUCUUCUUCAUACAAACUAUUCUCCAUUUUUAUCAAAAUCAUUGCCACAAGAUAUUCAUAUAUUAUCUGUUAAAUAUUCAGAUGGUGGAAUAUUAUUAAGAUUGAUGAAUAUUCGAGACCUACCAACAUCAACAUCAAUCAUUCUUCAGCUUGGGGAUUAUUUCAAAUUUUCUACUGAUACAAUCAUAAUUCUACCUUUGAAUGGGAUUCCAUCAGUGUCUAAAAGAAUGAUUCCAUGUUUUGAUGAUGGGUUAAAAUGUUAUGAUGACUCUCAUAUUGUCGAUACUCAAGAUGAUACUAGUAAAACAACCACCACCGUUGAAAUUCAUCCCAUGGAAAUUAAAACUAUUUUAUUUCCUUCCAAAUAG